AUGCAACUGAAAUCCAUUUUCCUGACGCUUAGCUCCAUCUACGGUGCUUUUGCAACAAUCCCAAGGACGUUUGAGCUUCUUGCAUUUCAGAACGGCCAAAGAAUUGGCUGCAUCAACGGUUACGGCAACAUCAUUACGGGAAGUUUAGCCUGCUAUCCAUUCAAUACCGUCGGAACUCCUGUCGAAGAAGUCGCCAUCCGUGGCUACGAGCCUUGCAGCGCAAGCAACGGCAGUCUCGUCUGUUAUCAAGCAGCCGAACCGUCAUCUCUGUUCGGUGUCGCCGGAACAUACCUUGAUCUCAUCGGCAACGGUACACUAUUCUCGGCAGAUUCGUUGCCCCAGACAUCUGAUAGGGUUGGCGUGUCUGUAGAUGUCGGUGCUAAUGGAAGCGUUGUCAUGGCUCUCCAGGUUAGGGGUCUCAGUGGAUGA